UUAGGGCUUUAGGUCCGUCCUAACCCAGCCCGGGCUGGGAUCCCAUUCCGUGCUGCAGUUUUUGUGGCCACCAGAUGGCAUUCUCCGAGCUUCUCUCACCAAGGAAAAGCAGAGCUUGCCGUUUUCAAUAAUAACAAUAAUAAUUAAAGGGAAGGGGGGAAGCCACAAGCCCUCCCUGCGUUUGCUGAGGCCCGUGACAAAGCGAGAGGAAGAGGAGGAGGAGGAGGAGGCUGCUCCUGGCAAACAAUGGUGCUGCUCCCCCAGAGCUGCCGGGGACGCUGAGGGUCGAGCCCCUUUAAAAAGAAAAAAAGUGGAAUACAGUAUUGUGCAUCUUGAAAUCCGAAACCGAGAAACAGCGGCGCGAGGGAAACAAGGGGGAAGGAAAGCCCCGCAAUUCCUGCGGACAGCUGUUGCGAGCGGAGUUUUCAGGAAUACAAUUCACACCGAAACCUUCCGGGGGUCGCUGGAUGGCUUUUGUGGAGAAACCUGGGAAGUAAAGCAGCCUCGGAAGAAGAAGAGAUUUUUCCUUUUUCUCCUCCUCUCUGGAUAUAAUGGCCACUGCAAGGCAGAGCAUCUGGAGGUUUGGUUUGCAGUGCGCCUUGCUCGCCGUUUGCACCCUCACCUGCGACGGGCACGGCGGGCGGAGAGAGCACGGAGGUCCUGCCUGCUAUGGGGGCUUUGAUCUGUAUUUCAUCCUGGACAAGUCAGGCAGUGUCCUGCACCACUGGAACGAGAUCUAUCACUUUGUGGAGCACCUGGCCAGGAAGUUCAUCAGCCCUCAGCUGAGGAUGUCCUUCAUUGUCUUUUCAACCAGAGGGACGAUUCUGAUGAGGUUAACAGAAGACAGGGAGCAGAUCCGGCAGGGCCUGGAGGAGCUGCAGAAGGUGCUGCCAGGAGGGGACACGUACAUGCACGAAGGAUUUGAGAGGGCCAGUGAGCAGAUUUACCAUGAGAAUGUUCACGGUUACAGGACUGCCAGUGUCAUCAUUGCACUGACAGAUGGGGAGCUCCACGAGGAUCUGUUUUUCUACUCUGAGAGGGAGGCCAACCGCUCCAGGGACCUGGGGGCCACCGUGUACUGCGUGGGGGUGAAGGACUUCAACGAGACCCAGCUGGCCCGGAUUGCUGACAGCAGAGACCAUGUGUUCCCUGUCAACGAUGGCUUUGAGGCCCUGCAGGGCAUCAUCGACUCUAUUCUGAAGAAAUCCUGCAUAGAGAUCCUGGCAGCAGAGCCCUCCAGCAUCUGUGCAGGGGAGUCCUUCCAGGUGGUGGUCAGGGGGAACGGGUUCCGGCACGCCCGCAACGUGGACAGGGUGCUGUGCAGCUUCAGGAUCAACGACACAUCAUCAAGGAGCCUCCCCCUCCUCCUGCAGAGGACAGCGAG